AGUGGUUAUCAGCCUAGGCUUCUAAUUAGGAUUACAUGGCCAAUUUGCAGAAAUCUCUUUACUUGUGUUUAUGGGCCAGCAAAACUGGGAAAAACACAGGUUCUUUCAUUUACUGGAUAUUUGACAGAAUAUUCUUAUUAGGCCAAACACAGUUACAUUACUGGUGAACUUGUUAGAAAUUCAGAAACUCAGACUUUAUUCCAAAUCUUCUGACAAAAAUAAUCUGCAACACAAGAUCUCCAGUUCAUUAUAUACAUUGAAAUUUGAGAGGUGCCUUCUAACUCAACAUGUCUUUUCCAUCUGAAAAAUAUACACAGCUCAUUUUGUGUGGUGUAAAUACAGCACUCAAAAAUGGACCAUUGACAUUUAUGGAUGUGGCCAUAGAAUUUUCUCUGAAAGAGUGGCAAUGCCUGGACACUGCACAACAGAAUUUAUAUAGAGAUGUGAUGCUAGAGAACUACAGAAACCUGGUGUUUCUCGGUAUUGCUUUCUCUAAGCCGGACCUGAUCACCUAUCUGGAGCAAGGAAAAGAGCCUUGGAAUAUGAAGAGACAUGAGACUGUAGCCAAACCCCUAGUUGUGUGUUCUUAUUUUGCCCAAGACCUUUGGCCAGAGCAGAACGUAAAAAAUUCAUUUCAAAAAGUGAUACUGAGAAGAUAUGGAAAAUGUGGAGAUGAGAAUUUACCACUAAGAAAAGACUGUAAAAGUAUGGAUGAUUGUAAAAUGCACGAAAGAGUUUAUGAGAAACUUAACAAAUGUUUGACAGCUACCCAGAGCAAAACAUUUCUAUGUUAUAAAUCUCUAAAAGUUGUUUAUAAAUUUUCAAAUUCAAAUAGAUGUAAGACAAUACAUCCUAAAAAGAAACCUUUUAAAUGUAGCAAAUGUGACAAAUCAUUUUGCAUGCUUUUACAUCUAAUUCAACAUAAAAUAAUUCAUACUAGAGUGAGUUCCUACAAAUGUGAAGAAUGUGGCAAAGUCUUUAACCGGUCCUCAUACCUUACUACACAUAAGAUAAUUCAUACUGGAGAGAAACCAUACAAAUGUGAAGAAUGUGGCAAGGCUUUUAACCACCCAUCAACCUUUAGUAAACAUAAGAGAAUUCAUAGUGGAGAUAAACCCUACCAAUGUGAAGAAUGUGGAAAAGCUUUUAAGCAGUUAUCAAACCUUAAUAACCAUAAGAGAAUUCAUACUGGAGAGAAACCCUACAAAUGUGAAGAAUGUGGAAAAGCUUUUAAUCACUCCUCAACCCUUAGGAAACAUAAGAUAAUCCAUAGUGGAGAAAAACCCUACAAAUGUGAAGAAUGUGGCAAAGCUUUUAAUCGCUUCUCAAUCCUUAGGAAACAUAAGAUAAUCCACAGUGGAGAAAAACCCUACAAAUGUGAAGAAUGUGGCAAGGCUUUUAACCACCCAUCAACGUGUCAUAAACACAAGAUAAUUCAUAGUGAAGAUAAACCCUACAAAUGUGAAGAAUGUGGAAAAGCUUUUAAGCAGUUAUCAAACCUUAAUAACCAUAAGAGAAUUCAUACUGGAGAGAAACCCUUCAAAUGUGAAGAAUGUGGCAAAGCUUUUAACCAGCUAUCAACCCUUACUAAUCAUAAGAGAAUUCAUACUGAAGAGCAACCCUACAAAUGUGAAGAAUGUGGGAAAGCUUUUAAGCAGUCAUCAACCCUUACCAAACAUAAGAGAAUUCAUAGUGGAGAGAAACCCUUCAAAUGUGAAGAAUGUGGCAAAGGCCUUUGUGACUCCUCAUCCCUUACUAUAUAUAAGAGAAUUCAUAGUGCAGGAAAAUCCUACAAAUGUGAAGAAUGUGGCAAAGGCUUUUGCAACUCCUCAUCCCUUACUACACAUGAGGGAAUUCAUAGUGGGGAAAAACCCUACAAAUGUGAAGAAUGUGGCAAAACUUUUAACCACCCAUCAACUCUUAGUAAACAUAAGAGAAUUCAUAGUGGAGAUAAACCUUACAAAUAUGGAAAAGCUUUUAAGCAGUUGUCAAACCUUAAUAACCAUAAGGGAAUUCAUACUGGAGAGAAACCCUUCAAAUGUGAAGAAUGUGGCAAAGCUUUUAAGCAGCUAUUAACCCUCACUAAACAUAAGAUAAUUCAUACUGGAGAGAAACCCUACAAAUGUGAAGCAUGUGGGAAAGCUUUUAAGCAGUCAUCAACCCUUACCAAACAUAGGAGGAUUCAUAGUGGAGAGAAACCCUUCAAACGUGAAGAAUGUGACAAAGCUUUUAACCAGUUUUCAAACCUAACCACACAUAAGAGAAUUCAUAAUGGAGCAAAGUCCUUCAAAUGUGAAGAAUGUUGCAAAGCUUUUAACCAGUUUUAUAAACUUACUGUACAUAAGAGAAUUCAUACUGGAGAGAAACCCUACAAAUGUGAAGAAUGUGGAAAAGCUUUUAAUCACUCCUCAAUCCUUGGGAAACAUAAGAUAAUCCAUAGUGGGGAAAAACCCUACAAAUGUGAAGAGUGUGGCAAAGCUUUUAAUCGCUCAUCAAUCCUUAGGAAACAUAAGGUAAUCCACAGUGGAGAAAAACCCUACAAAUGUGAAGAAUGUGGCAAGGCUUUUAAUCACCCAUCAACCCUUAGUAAACAUAAGAGAAUUCAUAGUGGAGAUAAACCCUACAAAUGUGAAGAAUGUGGAAAAGCUUUCAAGCAGUUAUCAAACCUUAAUAGCCAUAAGAGAAUUCAUACUGGAGAGAAGCCCUUCAAAUGUGAAACAUGUGGCAAAGCUUUUACCCAGCUAUCAACCCUUAGGAAACAUAAGAUAAUCCAUAGUGGAGAAAAACCCUACAAAUGUGAAGAAUGUGGGAAAGCUUUUAAGCAGUCAUCAACCCUUAUCAAACAUAAGAGAAUUCAUAGUGGAGAGAAACCGUUCAAAUGUGAAGAAUGUGGCAAAGGCUUUUGUGAUUCCUCAUCUCUUAUGACACAUAAGAGAAUUCAUAGUGGAGAGAAACCCUUCAAAUGUGAAGAAUGUGGCAAAGGCCUUUGUGACUCCUCAUCUCUUGCGACACACAAGAGAAUUCAUAGUGGAGAGAAACCCUUCAAAUGUGAAGAAUGUGGCAAAGGUUUUUGUGACUCCUCAUCCCUUACGACACAUAAGAGAGUUCAUAGUGGAGAAAAACCCUACAAAUGUGAAGAAUGUGGCAAAGGUUUUUGCAAGUCCUCAUCCCUUACUACACAUAAGGGAAUUCAUAGUGGGGAAAAACCCUACAAAUGUGAAGAAUGUGGCAAAGCUUUUAACCACCUAUCAACCCUUACUAGACAUAAGAUAAUUCAUAGUGGGGAGAAACCCUACAAAUGUGGAGAAUGUGAGAAAGCUUUUAACCACCCGUCAACCCUUAGUAAACAUAAGAGAAUUCAUAGUGGAGAUAAACCCUACAAAUGUGAAGAAUGUGGAAAAGGUUUUAAGCAGUUGUCAAACCUUAGUAACCAUAAGAGGAUUCAUACUGGAGAGAAACCCUUCAAAUGUGAAGAAUGUGGCAAAGCUUUUAACCAGCUAGCAACCCUUACUAAACAUAAGAGAAUUCAUACUGAAGAGAAACCCUACAAAUGUGAAGAAUGUGGGAAUGCUUUUAAGCAGUCAUCAACCCUUACCAAACAUAAGAGAAUUCAUAGUGGAGAGAAACCCUUCAGAAGUGAAGAAUGUGGCAAUGGCUUUUGUGACUCCUCAUCUCUUGCGACACACAAGAGAAUUCAUAGUGGAGAGAAACCCUUGAAAUGUGAAGAAUGGCAAAAGCUUUUGUGACUCCUCAUCCCUUACUACACAUAAGAGAAUUCAUAGUGGAUAAAAACCUUUCAAAUGUGAAGAAUAUGGCAAAGCUUUUAACCACCCAUCAACCCUUACUAAACAUAACUCAUAGUGGAGAUACACCCUUCGAAUGUGAAGAAUGUGGCAAAGCUUUCAACCAGCCAUCAAACUUUAGUAUACAUAAGAGCCUUCAUACUGUAGAGAAGGCUUACAAAUGUGAAGAAUGUGGAAAAUCUUAUUAACUGUUUCUCAAACCUUACUAGACAUAAGAUAAUUCAUACUGGAGAGCAACCCUACAUAUGGGAAGAAUGUGGCAAAGCCUUUAACUGGUCCUCAAUCCUUAUUACACAUAAGGCAAUUCAUACUGCAGAGAAACCCUACAAAUGUGAACAGUAAGGAAAGGCUUUGGUGUACUCUUAGCCUUUACUUAAGAAUUCAUGCUAAAGAGAAACUCUAUACAAAUCUGAAGAAUGUGGCAAAGGCUUUUGUGAAUCCUCAGCCAGCCCUUGAUAAACAUAAAAUAACUCAUACUGAAGCAUGUAGGAAAGCUUUUUACCAGUACUCAACUCUUACUACCAUAAGCAACUUCACACUGAAGAGAAAUCCUACACUUGUGAUGAAUGUGGAAAAGUUUUUAACUGGUCCUUAAACCUUACAAAACAUGAGAUAAUGCAUAGUGAAUGGAAACUCUACUAAUGGUAGUGUGGCAAAGCCUUUAAUGUAUUAUUAACCUUUACUAAACAUAAGGUAAUUCAUACUGGAGAGAAUUCCAACAAAUAUGAAAAAUGUGAUGAAGAUUUUAACAGGUUCUCAACACUUACUACACACAGUUCAUACUGGAGAGAAACCCUACUAGCACGAAUAAUGUGGCAAAGCCUUUUACGAGUCCUCAGUUCAUAGCAGACAUAAAAUAAUUUAUAUUGGAGAAAAACUCUAUGAACCCAAAAGAUGGGACAAUGCUUUUAACAACACGUCAAACUUUUUUUUUUUUUUUUUUU